AUGUUUAAGCAAGAGAGGCAUAUGAGGCGGGAAGAACUUCGAUCAGCCGUUGAACCACAACGGGAAUAUUCCAAAAAAUUGCAGGCUGCCGUGACAAAGCAAGUGGAUGACCUCAACAGUGCUGAACAGCGUCUACACACAUUAGCGCAGGGCACAAAGACCAUCUUGAAUGAAAUGUGGUCGGAUGUCCAAGGAAAUGCUGAGAAGAUCUCGCAUACAGUACAGGACGCCUUGAUGGCCCGAGCCCGUUCAACCCAUAUUGAGCAGGUGCUUAAGGUCUAUACGAUCAACUGGACCGACUAUGAGCUUCAACGGAAGAGAGUAAAUGUGCUUAUACAUUCGUGGCGGGUUGAGGAAUUCAUCAAAUGUCGAAACUCUGACGAUCUAGAGCGGCGCGCCAUAUGGCAACCAAUCUUGGACGAUACCACAAUCAUACGUCUAGGCAGCGACAUCUCUGGCUCCGAUGCCAAUACAAAACGCGUCCAAGCGCAACAAGACUGCUGGGAAGCCGCAAUAACGGCUACCGUGACUUUGCAUAACUUCCUAGAUGAAGAGGUCGUUGAUGGCGUUGUAUGGACAGCGUCGCGGGAAGUAGAUAGGAUUCUCUGCGUAGAUACCUGUGCUUUCGGAACGACUGUGCUUCCGGAACGAAAUGACAAUGAGUAG